CUGACGCCUCCGAGCGCAGCCUGGGGCCCGGAGCGGCGCAAACAGCCGGCGUCCCGUCCCCGGCCCGGCUCCCUCUCCCGGCUCAGCGCAGCCCGGGCCGGGGGGGAUGUCUCGGCGGACGCGCGGUGAGGAAUUGGAUGAGCUGCACUACCAGGACACUGACUCAGAUGUGUUGGAGCAGAAGGACAGCAAGUGCAAGGUCAAAUGGACCCAUGAGGAGGAUGAGCAGCUGAGGGCUCUGGUGCGGCAGUUUGGACAGCAAGACUGGAAGUUCCUGGCCAGCCACUUCCCUAACCGCACAGACCAGCAAUGCCAGUACCGGUGGCUGCGGGUUUUGAAUCCAGAUCUUGUGAAGGGUCCAUGGACCAAAGAGGAAGACGAAAAGGUCAUCGAGUUGGUCAAGAAGUAUGGCACGAAGCAUUGGACACUAAUUGCCAAGCACCUGAAGGGCCGGUUGGGGAAGCAGUGCCGUGAGCGAUGGCAUAACCAUCUCAACCCUGAGGUGAAAAAGUCCUGCUGGACUGAAGAGGAGGACCGCAUAAUUUGUGAGGCUCACAAAGUGCUGGGCAACCGCUGGGCUGAAAUUGCCAAGAUGUUGCCAGGGAGGACAGACAACGCUGUGAAGAAUCACUGGAACUCCACCAUCAAAAGGAAAGUGGACACAGGUGGCUUCCUGAGUGAGUCCAAAGAUUCCCAGCCCCCCUUGUACUUGCUGCUAGAGCUUGAGGACAAGGACAACUGCCAGAGCGCCCAGCCUCCAGAAGGCCAGGUGGAAGGUCAGAUGGAAGGCCAGCAGGGAAGUCUUGUGACCAGCUGGCCCUCAGAGCCCAUUGAGAUCAAGGAAGAGGAGGUCAGCGAGGAGGAGGCUGCCACCACUGCCCCUAGUUUGAAGCAGGAGUCUGUUCCUGCAGAGCUGGAUGGAGCAAACACACCGGAGCCCUUGGAAACGUUCCCCAAGUCUGAAGACCAGGAAGAUUCCUCCACAGAAACAAGCCUGCCAUACAAGUGGGUGGUGGAGGCAGCAAACCUUCUCAUCCCUGCUGUGGGUUCUAGUCUCUCUGAAGCCCUGGACUUGAUCGAGUCGGACCCUGAUGCUUGGUGUGAUUUGAGUAAAUUUGACCUUCCUGAAGAGCCCUCUGCAGAGGGCAGCAUUAACAGCAGCCUGGAGCAGCCCGAAACGUCACAGCAGCAGCAGGUACUGCCAGUUCGGCAGCCCACCACACCAGGGCCCAGUGUGACUGAGUACCGCCUCGAUGGCCACACCAUCUCUGACUUAAGCCGUAGCAGUCGUGGUGAGCUGAUCCCCAUCUCCCCCAACACUGAGGUUGGGGGCUUGGGCAUCGGCACGCCACCCUCAGUGCUCAAGCGGCAGAAGAAGCGACGUGUGGCCCUGUCUCCGGUCACAGAGAACAGUGCCAGCCUGUCCUUCCUGGACUCCUGUAACAGUAUCACCCCCAAGAGCACGCCUGUCAAGACCCUGCCCUUCUCACCCUCCCAGUUUCUGAACUUCUGGAACAAACAGGACACCUUAGAACUGGAGAGCCCCUCACUAACGUCCACUCCAGUGUGCAGCCAGAAGGUGGUGGUCACCACGCCCCUGCACCGGGACAAGACACCUCUGCACCAGAAGCAUGCUGCGUUUGUAACCCCAGAUCAGAAGUACUCCAUGGACAACACUCCCCACACGCCAACCCCGUUCAAGAAUGCCCUGGAGAAGUACGGACCACUGAAACCUCUGCCCCAGACCCCACACCUGGAGGAGGACUUGAAGGAGGUGCUGCGCUCUGAGGCCGGCAUGGAACUCAUCCUGGAAGACAAUGUUGUGAGACCUGAGAAGCAGAAGAAGAAGCCCGGGGUACGGCGGAGCCCCAUCAAGAAAGUCCGGAAGUCUCUAGCUCUUGACAUUAUGGAUGAAGAUGGGAAGCUGAUGUCCACACUGCCCAAGACACUGUCCAUGCCAGCAAAUGUCCCAUCUAGCUCUUCCAGCCUUACUCUGCCAGGUAUCAAAGAGGACAACAGCCUGCUGAAUCAGGGCUUCCUUCAGGCCAAGCCUGAGGUGACACCAGUCCAGAAGAACCGGAACCACUUGCCAAUCCCUGCCCCUAUGACCAGUGCCUGGAAGAUGGUGGCCUGCGGAGGGACCAAGGACCAGCUCUUCAUGCAGGAGAAGGCCCGGCAGCUCCUGGGCCGCCUGAAGCCCAGUCACACAUCUCGGACCCUCAUCUUGUCCUGAGGGGCUCGGAGGGGAAGAGCCCAUGUCUCAUGUUUACAGGGGCUGGGGUGGGAGCGGAAAAGGAUCUGAGCUGAGAAUCUCAGGUGACCCCUUGUAGGAGUGUUCUGUUGCCAGCCCCUCCUCAGACUGCUCAGGUGGUGGCGGAAAUGCCACACACUGACCUUUCACCAAUUCUAGUUACAGGCAGCUCUGGUGCUAACAACCCAGUCCCACUCCUGGGCUUGCCUGCCCCCUCCCCUAGCCAUAGGAGCCUUGUUAACAUCUCCCAAGUUUGGAUCAAGCCUAGCCUCAAGACAGACCCUGCUUAAGACAGGGGACGUGGCCAGGAUACAUCUUCCCUCAAACCCUGUUGUGUUCAUUCUCUUGAAAGA